AUGUCAGUUCAAAGUUCCUCAGCUAGCACAGUUAGUGUUUCAAAUGAUUUAGAAAAAGCUGUCGAAAAAGAAAUUUUAAGUGAAGAUCCCGAUAUUGAUGGAGGUUAUGCUUGGGUAAUUUUAGCGGCUGGAGUCAUGUUUAAUUUUGGGACUUGGUAUGGUAUUGCAUAUGGAGUUGGUAUGAUUUUUGGUCCUUUGAUAGUCGUUUUAAGAGGAUAUAUUGGUUUACAUGCUGUUUUGAUAUUGGGCAAUGUUUUACAAUUUACAUCUUUGAUGUUGGCUAGUUGGUCCACAAAAUUAUGGCAAUUGUAUUUGACUCAAGGGGUUAUGCAGUCUUUUGGUUUAGCAUUUUUGAGUAUAGUUAGUUUUCCAAUACAAGGAGAAUGGUUUAAAAAGAAAAGAGUGUUUGCUAACGGAAUAGCAGCAGCAGGUAGUGGCUUAGGAGGUAUUGUCUUCAAUUUGGGAAUGCAAAUAGUGGUGCAAGUAAGAGAUGUCCAUUGGGCAUUAAGAGCUCAAGCUAUAAUUGGGUUUGGUAUUACUUGGAUAGCAAUUUUUCUUAUUCGAUCAAAAGCUGCAAAACACAAAAUAGAAUUCAAACUUGUUGAGUUUUCUGUAUUCAAAUACGCCAGUUUUUAUUUGAUUUCGUUUUUUAUCAUUACAAGUAUAUUGGGUUACGUUAUUGUACUAUACACUUUGGCAAAUUGGACUCAAACUUUAGGAUAUAGUGCUUACCAAGGCUCUAUAGUUAGUGCAAUGGUUCAGCUUGGAAAUUUGAUUGGCCGACCGACAGUUGGAGUUAUAGCAGAUAGAUAUGGCGCAACAACAGUAGCUUCUAUUGCAUAUGUUCUAUCAGGAAUUUUUUGUUUAGCUAUGUGGAUUCCCUCAAGAAAUUAUGCUUCUGCUAUAAUUUUUGCAUUCAUUGAAGGAUCAAUAAUCGGAAGUAUUUAUCCAGUAAUUGUUCCUAUAAUUACAAGGUCUUUUGGAUUACCAAAAACAAAUAUAAUCUUUGCUCAACUUUUUAUUCUAAUGGGUAUUUCAAUAAUUGGUGUCAAAUUGAUUAAAGGUAUUGCGGCUCAAGUAGAUCCAUCAAGUUAUCAGAAUUGUGCAAUCUUUUCAGGAAUCAUGUUUUUCGCAGCUGCUGGGUUUUCAUUAUUACUAAGAGGUUACUUAAAAGCAAGAGACUCCAAACUCAAAGAAGUUGAGGAUUCAGAUUAUCAAGAUUAUACUCUAAGUUCUAUAUCAGUAGCUGAUACAUUAAAGAAUGUAUUUUCCAAAAGUAAUGAAAAAGCUUAG